UAGACGUUCUCAGAUUUCAAGAAAAGGUACGGCUCUAUUAAGGUGUAACGAGGGCACGUUCCGCGUGCGUAAGAUAUACGGAGAUGGCAAUUGCAUGUUUAGGGCAAUCAGUUACAUUUUGUGGCGGAACGAGGAAGAGCACCAAUCGCUCCGAGCUAUGGUUGUGCGACACAUUUGGGACAAUUGGCGUGAGUAUGGCCCGUUCGUGAUAGCUGAGUGGAAUAUUUCGGAUCGCCAAGAGUACUAUGAUUACAUGAAUCCAGUGGGUACGUUCGCCAGUGAACUGGAAUGUACGGUGGCCACAAAAGUCCACCGCAUGAAUCUCUCGAUCUAUCGAGAACUCACUGGCGGGUACGAGCUCGAGCUGGUCUUCCACAAUCGUGUAAAUGUCAACUAUGAGACCGCGAGACUCCUGUUCACCGGAUGCUCCGAAAAUGGUCAUUACGAUGUGCUGUUACCCAAUUCGAUAUCGAACUUUUAUUUGAGUUAAUAUGCAAAUUAACGAAAAUGGAUAAAAAUAGAGAGUUUUGACUUUCAAUAGAAGGAACCAAAUAUAUAUUAAAAUUACUUUACCAGUGUUCUCUUCGAUAUACAACUUUUAUUAUAUUUUGUAUUUUGUAAUAU